AUUUACUGGUGCGCGGGGAGUGCCCGCUUAUAGACGCUCCGGGUUUCGUGUAAUUCUAUGCUAAAUAGAUAAUUUUAAUAGUAGGUGUACUUGGUACUUCUCCAAAAUAUAAUUAUUCACCAUGCCUACGGUGGUGGUGAUGGAUGUGUCUCUCUCCAUGACACGGCCUGUUCCUGUGGAGGGGACAGAAGAUUUCCAACGCAAGCAUUUGGCAGCUCAUGGCCUCACCAUGUUGUUUGAGCACAUGGCCACAAACUACAAACUAGAAUUUACAGCCUUGGUUGUGUUUUCAUCCUUGUGGGAACUAAUGGUGCCUUUCACCAGAGAUUACAAUACACUUCAGGAAGCACUGAGUAACAUGGAUGACUAUGACAAGACAUGUCUGGAGUCAGCCUUGCAAGGAGUGUCCAGUGUGGUGCAGCAGGAAUGGGGGGCUUCGGUUCCCUGCCAGAUAGUGCUGGUGACAGACGGGUGCCUGGGUAUUGGCAGGGGAUCCUUGCGUAAUUCCCUUGCCACACUCAACCAGAGGAGCGAAAGCAGCCGAUUCCCAUUGCCCUUUCCAUUCCCCUCCAAGCUUUACAUAAUGUGCAUGGCAAAUCUGGAAGAGCUACAGAGCACAGACUCCUUAGACUGCCUGGAACGUCUCAUUGAUCUGAAUAAUGGAGAAGGUCAGAUCUUCACCAUCGAUGGACCUUUGUGUCUGAAAAAUGUCCAGUCGAUGUUUGGGAAGCUAAUCGAUGUGGCAUACACUCCAUUCCAUGCUGUACUGAAGUGUGGAAACCUCACAUCAGAUGUUCAGGUGUUCCCCAGGCCAGAGCCGGUUGUCACAGAUGAGGAGAUAGAACCUGUGCCUAAGACAAUUAACACAGACUUGGAAGUUGUGGGAUUUAUCGAUAUUGGAGACAUUUCCAGCCCUCCUGUUCUGUCUCGUCACCUGGUCUUGCCCAUUGCUUUAAAUAAAGAGGGUGAUGACAUUGGAACCGGCCUUACAGAAGAUAUUGAAGAUGAGAAUUCAGCCAAUCAAAUAGCAGGCAAGAUCCCAAAUUUCUGCGUCCUUCUGCAUGGAAGUUUGAAGGUGGAAGGAAUGGUGGCUUUAGUGCAGUUGGGCUCAGACUGGCACGGCAUGCUUUACUCUCAGGCAGACAGCAAGAAAAAAUCAAACCUGAUGAUGUCUCUGUUUGAACCUGGGAUUGAGCCAUUACCCUGGCUGGGAAAAACACUUCAACUGGGACCAAUAUCAGAUGCUAAAGAGAAUCCAUAUGGUGAAGAAGAUAAUAAAAGUCCAUUCCCUGUACAGCCAAAAAACAAAAGAAGCUAUGCUCAGAAUGUGACUGUUUGGAUUAAGCCUAGUGGAUUGCAGACUGAUGUGCAGAAGAUUCUGAGGAAUGCCAGGAAGCUUCCAGAGAAAACUCAGACCUUUUACAAAGAGCUAAACCGUCUGCGAAAAGCAGCUUUGGCCUUUGGAUUCCUGGACCUGCUAAAAGGAGUGGCUGAUAUGUUGGAGAGAGAGUGUACCCUCUUACCAGAAACUGCACAUCCAGAUGCUGCCUUCCAGCUCUCGCAUGCCGCAGCCCAGCUCAAACUUGCCAGCACAGGCAGCUCGGAGCAUUCUGCUUACGAACAUAACAUUGUUCCCCUACAGACUGAUUUUUCCGGACGAGGCUCUGACAGAAUGUAAGACUGUUGCCGUUUCUUCUUUGGAGACACUAUUGUUUUUUAUUAUUAUUAUUUAACAACCCUUUUAGGGCUGAAAAUUAGUUGUCCUCAAAGCCUGACUUACAUGCCAGAAUCAAUGGUGCAUAUUCUAUGUCAGAUUGACACAGGUUUAACAUUCUUUUUCACCCAAUGAGUUGCUGCAGAAUGAAAAGCAAGAAAUCUGUCAAUCUGGAUUACCAAUGGAGAAAAGGCAUUGGACAUUCAAACCACUUCCUAUGAAAAUUGGAGAAAUGGAUUUGUUUUUUGGUUUUUUUUGUACAAAGGGGGUUUAAAUUUAUUUUAGAAAUAAAUAUGCACAUUUUGAAUGUUCUGUUGAAUAAUUUGAUUUUAAAUGUUGUUUAGCCUUAAUUAACUUUUUGUCAUUUGUAAAGGGUCCAUACUAUUCUAAACUUGAAAGGAAUUAAAUAUUUUACUCAACCAUUUCAAGGGGAUAUUACAAGCAAUAAAA